AAAAAAGAACAAAUCAAAUGUCAUUUGUGAUUGUCAAAGAAAAUUGAUUAAUUUUAUCGUCUUUCGGUAUUAGAUUUAAUCGGUGUUUUCUUAAUUUUAUACUGUGCAUACAAUAAAGUACACUUUAGCCAUUAUUGGUAAUUUAGAUAUUUAUUUUAUAUCGCUUAUUUGAAGUGGAAAUGGCUUCGGAGUCGGUGGCGAGUGUGGGUGCGGAGAUUCGAGAAAAUUUGGUAACAACAGCAGUACAAUUCCUAACAAACCCGAGUGUACAACGAUGCACGCUAGAAAGCAAAGAACGCUUCCUGCGCAGCAAAGGCCUGACUGACCUUGAAAUACAAAAAGCUUUAGGGAAAUGUGCAGAAAUGAUGGACCUUCCGUCCUUGACGUCAGAGCUCAUGUUCGUACAUCAGUCGCGGCGGUCGUGGUUCAGAGACAAUGUGCUCCCGAUUAUGAUUUAUGGAGGCUUCAUGUAUGGAUGCUACUGGUUUUAUAAAAACUACAUAAGACAUAUUCUUUUCGUGGAACAACCAAAGCGCAAGACGACAGAGGAAUGCAUCGAUGAGCUGCGCAAGAGUGUCGAUAUUCUCAACUCUAACUUUAUGGCACUGCGCACUGAAAUGCAAGCGAAUGUCCACCAGAGUGCGAUGCGGUCUCAAGUCGACAGCAUCAAGGCGGAACUAACGUCUGUCAAGUCUAUUAUGUUAAAUAGAAAUCAAUUUCCCGCUCUCAAGACGCGCACAGAUCCCCCCUCAAUCCCCGACUGGCAGCGACAGUCAGAAGAAGCGACCUCGACCGAAGUACCUCAGGAAGAGAAGAAGAAAAAGAACAGAAGUCGCAGCCAGCGGUCGGAGUCCGGGGGAUCCAACUCUAGCGAGGGAGAGCAGGCCACCAAGAAUAGUGACAGCAGUUUGGAAAUCAUCACAUGAAAACCAAUCCGAUUAAAGUCAGCACUACAACAACUUAAAAGCCUUUGCCAGAGAUAUUCUAAGGACAAAAGCCGACGCCCUGCGAAAUCAAAAAGGCCACAAAUGUUAACAGAUUUGCGCUCUAUACCAUAUCACACUCAGUUUCCUUGCUUAGGUAAGCUUAAGCCAUGUAACGCCUCAUGUAUUACGGGUUCCGAAGUGUCAGAAUCUGCUAUAAAACAAUACGAAGAUUCUAUGAUGCAUACUUAUGGUAACGCACACUUGGAUUCAUGUAAGACUAAGGAUGUACAAGACUGUACGUGCUUAGUAGCUCCGAUGCACCCACAGGUCCGCAAAGUAUUGGAACACUAUGGUUACUCCGACAUAAGAAGCUUACUUUUGAAAGUGCCAAUUUCAUACCCAACCAAUUUCAUUCCCAAUCUCAAUAAUAGGGAUGAUGACGAGGUAUGAAAAUUAAUAAUCUAUUUAGUCCGUCAGUUAGGUGACGAAAAAAUAUUAGACGCGUAUUUUUUUAAAUUUUUCGUUUAAGAACACAAUAUGUACUUACAUAAAACGAUUCAAAGUAUAGGAGUGGGAGCUAACUACGUCACUUUUGAGUAUAAAACGUAUACAGAAGUGACGUCACGCGAUAUUUCUUACUUAAAAUCUUUUUAACUUAGACGGACAUUAAAAUAAAAAUUAGUCAUCUACCCUAUUAUUCAAUACCACCCCAAUCGUAACUGCAAAUAGCGUUCGGAGGGCUUAGUACGAGUAUGUUUAACAUUUAACGAGAGCGCAAUCGGCGUUCUCAUUGGUUGGUUCAUUCUCGCCAGCCAAUCAGAGCGCCGAACGCGCUCUCGUUUCCUUUUCGUUCAAUAUAAAGCAAAGUCGUACUAAGGGUACAGAACACAAUUUAUUUGCAAGCCAAAUAUAAUACAAUUUAGUUGCAAGUAAACCAUAAAUAAGGUAAUUUUAAAACGUAGGAAAAGAAGGUAUUUUUGACAUUAGAACAUCUCUAGUAGAAAAGUAGUCUUAGCAUAGUGCCACAAUACUAAACCAAUCUUGUGACUACGUGUGACAGGUAUUUCAAUGUAUUAAUUCAAUUUAGUGUCAAUAUACUCGUUUUUUCAUUAUAUCAAUAGUAGAUACGUAGCUCAAGUUAUAGUGGGUUGUGAAGAAGAUGGUAGGAAUGUCCAUUUAUUCGUGGUCCUUGUCUCUUUGUUAGGAACAAAAUAAAUUAUUCUUGGUCCUUAUAUGUACGAGUAUGUAUCUAAGGACCAAAAUGUGUUGUAGUUGUCUCUUUAAAACCAUCUCUAGGACUUAAGGGCGAUUGAAUUGGAUUUUAGUUCGUCUCGCGAGCUACUGUUUUUUUUUUAAUAUUUAUUUUUAGAAAAAAAUAUAUAAUCCAAAAUAAUAUUCUGGUGAAGUUUAUAAGUUGUUUAUACACUAAAGAAAUGUAUGUAUCGGGGAAAAAAUAUCAUAAUACUUUCAUUUAAUUUAGUACCUACUUUAAGUAAAUACCUUCUAAACCCAGCCCACUAUUUCUUCAUCAUAAACCAAAAACAAUAAUAAAACUUAAAAUAGUGUCGCUUAAAACCAAGUAUUAUUUUGCAAUUGUAAAUUAAGAUUCUAAAUCUAAGCGUUUAGAGUCGAAAAUCCUAUGAUGGCUUCCAUCAUUAGACAUUGUAUAGAGGAAUUUUGUGGUCAUAUAAUCAUGUCUUUUUAAAUAAAUUUUAGUUAGCAUUUAUAUGAAUUGAAAUUGUAGGGGUUUUGUUAAUUAAUAUUACGUAUAGUGUGAUGUAAGAUGCGUUUUGGGACAAGUAACUUUGUAUUCUAAACUCUUUUUUAUUGACUUCUUGCCUAUUUAGACGCCAUUUUGUUUUGUUUCGCGUCAAAUAUUUUGACAGUUCUUACCUUUGCAUCAUAGGUAUGAGUUCUUAUUUCAAAUAUUUGGCGAAUAUUGUAUAGAUUAUAUUUUCUACAUUUCCAAAUAUGCUUGUCAUAAUUUCAAUGGAUAAUUGGACACAUGUCCAAGCAAUUUUGACCCUUACAUAUUAAGUAAUAGCAUUUAUUAUCCUUCUCACCUUAGAUUUGCUAUUAUUAUGUAUAAAUUGCCAAAGUUUAACACGAAAAAAGAUUUUAAUAAUAUAUUUUAAAUUUUUAUUCUAAACUUGUGAUGGCUGCUUGGUUUAAUUUGUCGAUUUUUAUUUUUAAACGUGUGAUGGUUUUGUAGAAAUAUGGACUAUGUUACUGUAUAGAUAAGACAUAGUUUUGUUUGACACAUGAAAUAAUUCAACCCUGACUUGAUUUUACCAGCGAUAUUUUAAUGCUACGCUCUCUUUGAAUUUUAUGAGUGAUACCAAUACAUGCUUUACGCAUUUGCUAAACAAAUAUAAACCUUGAUCUGAAUACUAUAAAACGCAUAUUAAAAUAACGCGAAUUAUUUUGUGUAUCAAAUAAUAGAGACAAAUGCAUAAUCAUGUUUGUUUCACAAUAAAAUAAAUAAACUAAUUAGUCAUUACUGUGUACCUAUAGCUUUGUUGUUGAUUUUAUUUUUUAAUUGACUUUUUAUGGGCGUAAUAAAAAUAUACUCUAACAGUUGAUACAAUUAAGAACACGACUAGUUACCAGCCAUGCUAGAGGCUCAUGUUCAUGAGCAGAAUUCCGCGACACACGACGCAGCGACUGUCGCGCUGCUAUUGGCGAUUCGAGUUUCGCGCCCAUCGCGCCUGAAAAAGUUAACGGGAGGCGAAAAAGACUAAUGAAUAAUGAUGAAUUGUUCAUUAUUUUAUACUCUUUUUAUGGGGGAGUAAAUCAUCCAAUGACUUCUCGCGCCUUAGACGAGGCAAGAGGCAGUGUCAGACUCUCACUGACUAAAAACCGCCCCGUUCCUAAUCCUGCUUUUCGAGCCGAAGUUCCGGUAAACCCGCUAAGUAGUUCGCAGCUCCGGGUUAUAAUUUUAUAGGAAUACUAUAGCAUUAUGGUUUCCUUAGAAAGAAGUUCAAUUAUUUUAUUACGCCCAUAAAAUAAGUAUCCGGCAGUCCGGAUCUAGUUGUACUUGUAAUAUACCGUGUUAAUUUUUUACUAAUUUUAUUUUUCAAUGUGAAUAUUUUGUUUCAAAUUGUUUUAUAUUUCGUUUUGGUUCCUUCAUUGUAAUUAUUAUUAAAUUGCUCAGUGUUUGUUUGUAUGAAAUAUUCAGUACUUGUAUUUAAAAGACUUAUCGUUGUAUACAGCAUUCCAUAUUGGUGUUUUAGUGUACCCGCGUCGUGAUAAUAAACCAAAAUGAUAAUGAUA